AUGGCAAAAUGCCUUUGGCAGGAGGAAUGGGAUACUGGUGAAACAGGAUGCCGUGCUCACUAUCAUGUUCCUACGGAUUUGCAACGUCCGCAAAGGAUUUCGUUACUACAGAGCUUAAAGCAGUGUGGCCACAUCAAAUGUCUUCUGUUAACAAUUUUGGUUGUGAGUUGCGCGGCAGUCGUUUUCUGGUGCAGAGUAGCCAAAGUGAGUCGUCUGGUUGUCAAUUUCCACAACUUCCCAGUAAGCAGCAGAGAGAAAACAAGUCCUUGUGACGAUGGGUACAUCUAUAUUCCAUUUGCAUUUAUGGUCAUGCUGUACUUAGUAUAUCUAGUGGAAUGUUGGCAUUCAUCAACUAGGCUCGAGCUCACCUACAAAGUAGAUGUUGAGGAUGUAUAUCAAUACAUCGAACAAAUGCGGGAGGCUCAGCCCAUCAUUUGGUGGAAAGCGAUUUCCUACCAUUAUAUAAGACGCUCCAGACAGGUCACACGAUACCGGAAUGGAGACGCAUACACCACAUCUCAGACUUAUUAUGAAAGGAUAAAUUCCAGAGCUUCGUCAUCCUGUUUUGUGUACAACUACUCUGAUGCCAAAGACAUCUCCAAAAAAAUAGUGGACCUCGAAAAGAAUCCAGUUACUAAAAUCCGUUUUAGCAAAGGUUUUGCAUUCGCCUCCUUGGAUGUUGCAUCAGAUUUUGAGGAACAAAGAAUGCGUUUUUUUCGAGAAAAUGAGAGUUUCGAUGAUUAUAUGGAAAUGAGAGAAGGACUGGAUCUUCUGGGCGUUGAUUUUCAAGAGUAUAUAGUAACAUGUGCCAGUAAAGAUUACUUACCAUGGUAUGCAUCUCAUGCCAUGUUCUGGAUAUUUUCUUUAUUGCUGAUGUCUUGGCCGUUGAGAGUGGUCAUUGACAGCAAGACUGCUUACGUCCAGUAUCAAGUUACAAAGCUUUUUGGAGCCAGUUCUUUUCUACUGUCCACUGUGCAAGAUCAUCCAAUAUCUAGAAAUAGCACAAUUGAUAGCAUAGAAAUGGAACGCGACAUUGCGAAUAGGUUGAAUUUAGCACCAAGUUACUCUGAAGCAGCUCUUAUUGGCACUGGAGCAAAUGUUUCUCGUUCAGUGGAAUCUGGGCUUCACAUGGAAACACAGAUUCGUAGCUCAUCAAAUCUUCGCAUUUCCCGUAAUCUCUCAGUAUGCAGAUCCAAUGAUCGGGAAAACGGGCCAGCUGGUCGUCGAGGCAUUCCAAAAUCAAUUAGUCAACCUUUUAAAACUUUCCAGGAUCUUCGAAGACUGAAUAUUAAUCGACGCUACUUGCUUUCGCGGUGGUCUAGAGAAUCACCUCCAUCUUAUGAAGAUGCUAUGUUAUUCAGUGAGCCUCUGUUGUCCUAUAUGACUAUGAGACGUUCUGCAACUGACAGAGACUUGUCCGGAUUUCGUCCAUUAAGAGCAUCUUUCAGAUCUUUCAGCAGCUUAUUUCACUGGACGAAGCGAAGUCUCGAAACAGCAUUAUGACAUCUUUUUGCCAUUUGAAUUUCAGUGCAAGAUUUGCCAUGUUUUUUAUAAUUCCAUUUACUACCGCUGCAUCAUUUUUGUGCACCUUUUGUCUGUGAUUAUUUUCCCAGUGAAAUGUUUUAUACACUUCUGACAAUGAUAUUUAUUUGACGCAGAGCUUAUAAUAUUUUUAAUUUUCAUGUUACCGGAAAAGAAUUAAAAUUAACUUUCAGAAUUACGAUUAAACUAUCUAUAAUUAGUUUAAUUUAUGUUUUAACAUGGUAGUUUUCGAAUAAGAUUAAUUUAAAAUAAGAUCUAAUUUCCCGCAUGAUGUGAACUAUUAUCUAAAAAACGAAUUUAUAAACAUUUUGAAACCAAUAAUUUAAAUGUGUUUCAUUUUUACUAAUGCAGAAAAAUGUUAGUUUCCUUCAGUUUUUUUAAACCAUUGGAACUCAAACCCGAUGUUACUUUUCUUUACAUUACUCUAUUAAAUCAAAAUUCAUCUAGGCACUUUGCUUAAAGUAGUUAAUUUCUAUAUUAAUUUAGUAAUUAAAAAUACAAUUAUUUAAAGAAUUUACUUAAAACUAAAUUUUAAAAUUAGGGUAAAAGCAUCCUUAGUUUUGGGUAAAUUUUGAAUAAAACUUUAUCGAUAUCAAGGACGAUCAGUAACAGGUCCUUUUCUUUAAGAGAAAAAUUGCAAAGAUGGGAGGAACGACAACUAUUUUAUAUCCAAAACAAUAGGCGUAGCAAAGCGAAAACAAGCAUUGCGCCAUCUGUCGAAGAAAACUAAAAUAUUAGAAUUCUGAAAGCGUUAGGAAACAUUUUAUUGGAAUUUAUAUCAUUUAUUUGCUAACUAAUUAAAUUUUUUUUUAUCUUUCUUUGAUGUGUUUCUCUUCCAGUUUAAUUGGGUGUAGAAGCCCAGAGAAGGAUUUUAAAAACAACAAACAAAAAAACAUGAAUAAUACAUCUGAGUAACGUUAAAUCAGUUCCCUUUGCUGAAAAUCCCAUGUACUGAAGUCAAAUGAAAGUAAAAAAUUAAAUACAUUUCCCAUUUUUGUAUUCACACUAUAUGCAUUAAAUGGUGAGUCAUAAAAUGCAGAGCUUCGAUUUAUAAAAUGUGAAAUCUAAUGUGAAGAAGCAAACGAAACUAAAAGCAAGUAACACCGACGUAAAUGCUUUUUAUAAUGCACACUGUUCCUUCCUAUUCCGAAUAUUCACAAAUAAAUUCAUAGAAAUAGAUAAGCUGCGUUUUAAAGUACAAAAAUGCUAAUUAAUACUGUUGUCAAAAAAUAGUAAUAUUUCUUCACAUAAUUUUUUUGUGAUUGUGUAAACUUUUAGUUAAUUAUUGAAUAAAAUCCUUUCAGGUACUGCUGUUGAAAGUGAAUAAAUAUUGCGGUGUAUAAUUUUUAUCUAAUCAUUUUAUAACUCUUCGAAUUUCUGCCUGUUCAUUAAGUGUGUCUAACCAUUUUAAGUAUAAAAGAACCCUGUUUACAGUAAAUAUGAACAGAUUUGUAAAUCAAAUAUUAAAAUAAUAAGAUUAGAGUUGAAGAAAUUGUUUAUUAAGAUUCAUAUUUAUUCCUAAAAUGUGCACAACAUAACGCUGAACCUGGCAGUCUAUUUUCAAUUCUAAACCAAAUAUAUGGGAUCCUCUUAAAUAUUUCAAAAGAGAAAAACAUUAAUGCUAACGGUAACCUAUGAACUUCUUAUGUAUCUAUGAACCUAUGAACCUAUGAACUUCUUAUGUUCUUCUUAUGUAUUGCCCUUAAAAAUUUGUCGAAAUAACAACUCAAACCUCCUAGUUUUCAGUCUGAAGACUACGCGAUGUAGAAACUUUAAAUGUGAGGAAUUUCUCGCUGGCUGAAAUAAAUAGCCAAUAAAUUUGCAUAGAUGGGUGUUUUCUCAUUCACUUACUCUUCGUUCUUAGGGCAGCAAGUAAGAAACACAAAAUAAAAGAAGGUUCUACGAAAACGAUUAUAAGGUAAAUACAGACAUAAAGUUAGGUUAUAAGUUUAUAUUAAAAUAGUUAUAAGGUAUAUUAUGUUAAUUAAAAAUAAUUAUAGUUUAAAUCUUUAUUAUAAUAUAAUAAUUCCAUAGUCCUCACCAGAAUGUAUUUAUUUUAUUAUUUAAGCUGAGGGUUUUGAAUGAUCAGAUGAGAUCUUCUGGCACACUCUGCUUGCUGUUACUUAUUAUCGUCAGCUCUGCCUAAGUUUUAUUACGGCUUUAGCAUCUUGCUAGCCUACGUUUAAAGUAUAAGCCGUUAACUAUCUGAGCCAGCUUAAAUAGUUUAUGUGUAGUCUCAGACUACGUUACCUACAUUUGAAAUUUACUUGUUAUGUAAAAUUAAAUUCUCGCAAGUAGCAGAGGUUCGUCUACUUCACAUUGCUGUACCUUUCUGUUCAUUCAAAGCUUAAAUUAAAAGGUUAU